UGGAAGAACAGGCUGAGUAGGUUUUCAUGGAGUUUGGCUGUCCUUGUGGGUGACACUGGAGGUACAGUGUCACUACAAACCAAAAAAGGGCCCACCUGUCCUCCCAUGUUGGAGCAUUUUUAGCCAUUGCCAGCGAUCUGCACCAACACAAGGUCAUGUCAUCUGAGUGCUGGGUGGAGCCCUGCGGUGAAGGCCAGGCAGAGGAGACCGGACUGGAGAGGCAACAAGGGGAAGAAGCGGAGGAGGAGGAAGUGGAGGUUCUCUGUGGGGAUAGUCAGCCCGCAGAAAGCCUGAGGCAGGAGGAGCCACCCAGAGAACGGCCUUUAUCACCUGACCAUAGUGGCAUGCAGGAAGUGACAUUAGAAGGUGGACUGGAGCAGGCCCAGAGGGAGGAGACGCAGACUCGGGAAAAGAGAGAGAGGUUUUCCCAUGUGAUUGUCAACCAGGAAAGCCGGGAUAGAGGGUCAGUAUCAGGUGCGGGUCUGGUGGAGCCAUACCUCCGGAGGUCCUUCCCCAGGGACUUGUCGACCUUCUCAUUCCCAGACAGGGACAUGCAGCAGCAGGUCGAGGAGCCCCGGGGGCCUGGGCCCUUCUACUUCUUUGGAGGAGCUAACGGAGCUGAAAUAGUGAGAGGUUACUGUGAAAGCAAAGGAUGGAAGAGGAUUUACAACAAGCACAGGGAGGAUUUCAAACUCAAGUGGUGUGAGACCAAAUCGCCAGCCAACUACUGUAACUUCAGGGAAGGUGAACAGUUGGUGUAUCAGAUUCCCAACAACAAGGUGCUCACCACCAAGAUCGGCCUCCUCAGCAGUCUGCGGGAGUAUGAGCGAGUCAGCAGCAAAGUCAGCCACGGUCGAGGACGGAGGAGGCUGAAAAUGGAAGAGUUUAUUCCCACUACCUUCCGCAUGGAUGUGAGGGAAGAAAGGGAGGCUUUCUUUGCCCAGCAGGAGGGUGUGAGCAAUGAUGAGAGUCACAUGUGGAUCUGUAAGCCUACGGGUCUGAACCAGGGCAGAGGCAUCUUUCUGCUGAAGAGCCAAGAGGACAUCGACGCCUUCAAACUGAAGCUGCAGCACUCAGAAGACAGCCAGACCAACAGGAAGACGCACCACCGCCAGCCUCAGGCUCGCAUUGUUCAGCAUUACAUCCAGAGUCCACUGCUCCUGAAAGGGAAAAAGUUUGAUGUGCGCUCUUACCUUCUGAUUGCCUGCACUGCACCUUACAUGGUCUUCUUUCGCCAUGGAUAUGUACGACUGACCUGCGACCUCUAUGACCCCAGCUCCAACAACCUCUCUGCCCACCUGACCAAUCAGUACAUGCAGAAGAAGAACCCUCUGUACAGCCAGUUAAAGGAGGAUACCGUGUGGUCCAUGGAGAGCUUCAACACCUACGUCAACGACAGGUUUCAGGUUGCCAUGGGUCUGCCCAGGGACUGGGUGCUGGGCACCUUUGCAAAGCGCAUGCAGCAGAUCAUGACGCAGUGUUUCUUGGCAGUCAAAUCCAAGUUAGACCGUCGACUGGGCCUCUUUGACUUGAUCGGCUGUGACUUCAUGAUUGACGAGAACUUCAAGGUGUGGCUGUUGGAAAUGAACUGUAACCCAGCUCUUCACACGAACUGUGAAGUGCUGAAGGAGGUGAUACCCAGCACUGUUGCUGAGACACUGGAUUUAACUCUGGAGAUCUUCAGCAAGUGUCGUCUCAAGCAGAGGAUUCUUCCUUUGGCCAGUCAGAGGGACUUUGUGCUGCUUUACAAUGGAGUUUUCCCUCCUGAUUCAGUGCUGGCCUGGAGCAAGAGCAACACAAACAGUGACCUCAACCAAAAAAGCACCAAAAAGACUCAAGCCAGACAAUUUAAGUCAGGGACAGAGGGCAAAGUUGUGCCCCUUGAUAAUGUGAAUGUCUCCGCGAGCAGUGAAGGAAGGGGUAGUUCAAAGUCUGACGAGCACCCCAACACCUCCACUUCUACCUCCACUGCUGCCUCACCUUUCCAUCAAAGCUCUCUGUCAAUGCAGGGGCCUUUACAUUUACACAGCAGCAGCACCAUCGUACAGACUGUCAGGAGUAAGAACCUCAGGCCGCGGGUUGUAUUCAAGCCCAGCAAAUGUACUUUGCAUCAUCAUUUAAAAGCUGCAGACGACAUGACGCAUUCUACGGCACGGCAGAAGACGAGGAUCAUCAUGGCGCUGUCGUCACCAGGGAUCUCUGUUAGUGACUCUUCAGAGAGCCCUCCUCAUGAUGGACCUCCAGUGUGUGGGAACAAAUGUGAAGAAGAGCUGAGAGAGGACACAGAGCUGAGUUUAUAAGAAGAAAGAGGAACUGAGAUGCAUCAGAUGCAAACAGCUGAGAUCUAAAGCUUUAUCUGGAUAAAAAAGACCUAUACUUUUGACACCUGGUGCUGUUUUCCUCUCAAAGAAAUAAAUGUUUACUGUGACAUGAAA